AUGAAAGAACCGAUUGCAAUUGUGGGUAGUUCCUGCCGGUUCCCAGGCGGUGUGACCUCUGCGGCCGAACUCUGGGAGCUUCUCUACAAUCCACGCGAUGUUUUGACCGACUUCCCUUCCCAUAAACUCAACCUCUCCGGCUUCUAUCAUCCUAACCCUGAUCACCUUGGCUGCACAAACGUCCCAAACAGAGCCUACCUCCUGCACACCGAUCAUCGUCACUUUGAUGCUGCCUUUUUCGGAAUUUCUCCUGCCGAAGCCGAGUGCAUGGAUCCCCAGCAACGGGUGUUGUUGGAAACAACAUACGAAGCCCUGGAGGCUGCAGGAUAUACCCUUCAGCAAAUGCAAGGAUCCUCGACUGCGGUGUUUGUCGGGGUCAUGACUUCAGACUAUCAUGACAUUCAAAUGCGUGAUCUAGAUUCUGCUGGGAGGUGGAAUGCGACCGGAACAGCCCCUAGUCUGUUGUCGAAUCGACUAUCGUAUUUUUUUGACCUGAAAGGCCCAUCGAUUACGGUCAACACCGCGUGCUCGAGCUCUUUGGUCGCGUUGCACUAUGCUGUCCAGAGUCUAAGAAACCAGGAAGCAGAGCAAGCCAUUGUUGCUGGAGUCAAUCUGAUUCUGGACGCGGGAACAUACGUCAGCGAAUCGAAACUACAUAUGUUGUCGCCUACAUCCAGGUGUCGAAUGUGGGAUGAAGCGGCCGAUGGCUACGCCCGGGGUGAGGGAUGUGCAUCUGUUAUUCUGAAACCGCUAAACCACGCGAUAGCCGACGGCGAUAAUAUAGAAUGCAUCGUCAGAGAGACAUUGAUUAACUCAGACGGCCGCUCGCCCGGGAUUACGAUGCCGAGUGUUGAGGCUCAGGCAAGUCUGAUUCGACAAACAUACCUGAACACUGGACUUGAUCCCGUCAGAGAUCGGUGUCAGCUUUUCGAAUGCCAUGGAACGGGCACGCCCGCAGGAGAUCCCGUUGAAGCCCAAGCAAUCCAAACAGUUUUCUUCCCAAAGGACUCCCCGUUCAACGCAGCCGACAAGCUUCAUGUAGGGUCCAUCAAAACACUCGUGGGGCAUUUAGAAGGUUGUGCUGGCCUCGCAGGACUGCUAAAAGCAGUCGAAUGUAUCAAAAACCGUAUGAUUACUGCGAAUUUGCUUUUCGAUAAACUCAAUCCAAGGAUCGAACCAUUUUACGACCAUUUAGAAGUUCCAACUCAAAAUCUCAGAUGGCCUUCUCUAGUCCCAAAUAGCCCACUGCGUGCCAGUGUGAAUUCGUUUGGAUUCGGUGGAACCAAUGCGCACGCCAUCAUUGAAAGUUAUACACCUCUCACAGAAUUAUGCCAACAGAGGGGCGAUGAGCUUGAAAGAGCCAAUCGAGACCUACUCGUAGGUCCGUUUGUGUUCUCUGCCCAUACCCGGUUCUCAUUAAUGCAAAAACUUCAGCUCACGGCGAAUUAUGUCAGAAGCCACCCCUCGACAGAUUUGAACGACUUAGCAUGGGUGCUAGGUUGCAAAAGAACGUUGCUUCCGUUGAGAAGAUCGUUCUCUGCGGAUAGCCGCGAUGAGCUUUUGGGCAUGAUUGAGAGAACCGUCAAAAUGGAAGAAUCGGACCUGGAAGACGAUUUUAAUCGUUCGGCACGAAAGAGCCCGAAGAAAAAAAGUGCUAUUCUUGGUAUUUUCACUGGUCAGGGUGCACAAUGGGCAGCCAUGGGCCGUGAUCUGAUUCAGUCAUGCCCCAUAUUCCGAGACUCAAUUGAAAAAUGUCAGCGAGCACUAGAGGGUCUGCCGGAUGGACCUUCAUGGUCGCUGCAGAAUGAACUUACUGCAGACGAACCAUUUUCGAGAGUCGCCGAAGCGGAAUUAAGCCAGCCACUAACGACAGCGAUUGAGAUUGCAAUUUGCGAUCUUCUCAGUGCUGCUGGUAUACAGCUUGAUGUUGUUGUGGGCCACUCUUCGGGAGAGAUUGCCGCUACCUAUGCCGCUGGGAUCCUAUCUGCAGAGGACGCCAUCAGGAUCGCCUAUUAUCGUGGAUACCACGCUAGACAGGCGAGCUCCAGAUGCUCAUCACGGCCGGGCGCAAUGAUGGCCGUCAGCUUGUCUUAUACCGAAGCGACGCAGUUCUGCACCCAGCCACUGUUUCGGGGAAGAAUCGUUGUUGCAGCCAGUAAUUCACCCACAAGUGUGACCCUUUCAGGUGAUCGCGAUGCCAUUUUUGAAGCCAAAGUACAACUUGACAACAGAAAUACAUUCUCCAGGAUUUUGAGGGUCGAUGUAGCCUACCAUUCUCAUCACAUGCGCGCUUGUGCAGACGCAUACUUGACAUCUUUGAAGGCGUGCAAUAUCCGAGGGCGAUCACCACGAGAAGGAUGCAAUUGGACUUCGAGCGUAAAGGAGAACGAAAUAUCUCUAGAUACUGACAUGUCUGCUCUAUCUGGUGAGUAUUGGGUGGACAACAUGGUGCAGCCUGUGCUUUUCUCGCAGGCGUUGGAAAUUUCGUUUCAGAGGAAUAGCCUGCCUGACUUGUGCAUUGAGGUUGGACCCCAUCCAGCACUCAACGCCCCUGUCAUGGAGACGAUUAAAAAAGUUACCGACAAGGAGACUCCAUAUGUAUCGAUGUUGAGACGUGCAGUAGCUGACGUGAAAGCCGCAUCAUUGGCUGUGGGCCUGGUCUGGGAACUUCUCGGACCUCACCGUGUUGACCUUGGCGGAUACCGCCGUUCGUUUGAGCUACGGAAACCUAAAUUACUCAGUGGCCUACCAAGUUACUGCUGGGACCACCGAAGAAAACACUGGAGAGAAUCUCGCAUGUCGCGCAACUAUCGUCUUCAGGGACCAGACUCACAGCAGUCGAUGGGUCGACGAACAUAUGAUUGUCUGUCUCGUGAGACUCAUUGGAGAAACAUUUUGCGUUUGGAAGAAAUGAAGUGGCUGCAGGAUUAUAAAUACCACGGGGAACCACUGCUCUGCGCUGGACUUUUGAUAUCUCGUGCCCUGGAGGCAGCAAGGUCUUUCGUCAACCAUAGCCCUGUUUCGCUUGUCGAGAUACGGGACUUGGAGCUCUCUAUGCCCUUGAAGCUGGAAAGACAUGACUCGGAAAUCGAAUGCGUAAGCAAAAUACGGGUCUCUAGUGGAGUGUCCAAGUCUUAUUCGGAGUCCGUUGUUAAUCUUGACUUUGCUUGCGAUGCCUCCACUGACUGCGAUGCAAACCUCCAAAGGUUUUGCACAGCCCGUGUGAUUCUUCAUUUGGGUAAGCCUCACACUGAUGAGUUGCCUGAACAAUCCCCGAGGCAACCGUGUCUGACACAGGUGGACCCCGAUGUCCUGUACGAGCUUUUGGAGCAUCGUGGCCUUGUCUGUGAAGGCCCAUUUCGUGCGAUCAAGACCUUGCGUCGGACGCUCAAUCAUGCUAGCGUAUGCGCUUGUUGGCCAAAAGACACAACUUCACCAUCAUCACUGCUCGUCGCUGCCUUUGAAACUGCAUUCCAAUCUCUAAUCACAGCAUUCAAUUCGCCCUUUGUGCGAACAAACAGUUUAUUCCAUUUGCCUUCCAGAAUCAACCGCCUCGCCAUAAAUCAGGAUCUGGCGCAUCGAGUUCUAUGCGAUGAUAUUGACCUGAACAUCGAUGCAUUUAUCAUAUCGUCUGACCCUUGUAAGAUUGAGGGUGAGUUUUCGAUUUUCGACUGCCACGGAAACUCGAUAGCUCAGGCAGAUGGCGUGCUCUUGAAGUCUACGGGUGAGCAUAGAUCUUUAUGUCAAAAGAAUCUUUUCUCUCGGAUUGUCUGGGAAGGUGAUCCAUUCACAUGCUCUGGGUUGAUCGACGAGCACCAGCCCAAUGAUGAAGAGGAGACUCUAGCUAUUUCUACAGAAAGAAUAGCUCUGUUCUACGCGCAAAGAUCACUGUCUGAGAUUGACCCACGUGAAGUCGCAACAUUCAAGGCCCACCACCGUCUUUUGUACAAUGAGCUUGACCAAGCAGUUCGAGCAGUAAAGAAAGAUACCCAGAGCACUUUGCUGAAGAAUGAAUGGUUCGGAGAUUCUGACACUAUCGUCAAGAGCCUCACAGAGAGGUUCUCGGGGAGGGCGGAGGUUAAUAUGCUACAAUCCGCCGGCUCACACUUAGCGUCGUUUCUGCGAGGGCACAAGACUCCAAACCUGGGGCAUGACCACCUCAACCGGUUUUUCUUGGAGGGUCUGGCUUUUAGAUCGACACACAAACAGCUUUGUGAUACGGUCAAGCGCAUCGUGCACAAGCACCCUCAUAUGCAUAUACUUGAGCUUGGCGGAGGGAUUCGUCCUAUGAGUAUGGCCUCGAAGACUGUGGGUGAUGCAUGUGCUUCGUAUUGCUAUACGUGCAAUUCUCAAGAGCUUGUUGAUGCAGCAAGAAGUGCAUGCAAUGAUUGCACGGACAAAAUCUCAUUCAAGGUUGCAGACCUCAAAGCGGACCUUAUCCAGCAAGGCUUCAGUCAUGCGAACUAUGACCUGGUGAUCACAACUCUUUUGCACCUUGCAACUCCGGAUAUUACGCCAUCAUUGCAGGAAAUUCGGCGCCUCUUGAAGCCCGGGGGCUACCUUGUUCUCACGGAGAUAACAGGUCAGAUGGUGAUGUCCCUGCUCAUUUGUGUGGGCAUGUUUCCCGAGUGGUGGCAUGGCAAUGAGCCGAGGCAGGUAAGCUGGAAAGGUGUUUCGCCAAUGGAGAUUGACAGGCACUUGCGCGCUGCAGAAUUCUCGGGCAUUGAUACUGUGACUCACGAUGUGCCUAACGGCACCGCAAGCUAUCUUUCCGUGGUGGUUUCCCAAGCUGUGAACACUACCAUGGACAUGCUUCGUGAGCCAAUUAGGUUUAUGGAUCGUUUGCCUCUGCCGCAGAAAGUAAUGCUCGCAGGAGGUAAGACUUGGGCAGGAUCACGCUUGAUUCAGGGCUUGACACGAGACUUCGCGCAGUGUGGUGUGGCUGUUGGUCUUAUGGAAGACAUCGAUGAUUUUGAUCCAGUCACUAUAGAAGAUGGACUACCUGUCAUAUCUGCGAUUGAGGUCGAGAAGACGUUAUCUUUCAGUGAGGUAACGCAUCGAAAACUGUUGUCCGUACACCGAUUGUUCGAGCGGUCGAGAUCUGUACUUUGGUUGUCAUCCGCGUCUUACAGUGGUCCCUCUUUUCACAGUAUCACUCUUGGAUUAGGGAGAGUGGUAAUGUCUCAACAUCCAGAUGCUCGACUGCAAUUUCUGGCUGUGACAGAGCCAGGUGCACUCAGCCCGAAUGUGGUUCUAGAGGCCUUCUUGCGUCUCUUGUGGUCUCGCCUUCCACAGUUUGCUGGAAAGAAGAUGCUAUGGACACAUGAGCCAGAGAUUCGCUUCGACGGUCGCAGUUAUUCUAUCCCACGUUUGGUCCGGGACGAGAAAAGAGACAUAGAACACAGAAAGCAGCUAUUGAAACUCACUGAGGAUGUUUACCCUAAUCAGGUUCCAGUCGAGCUGCAUCUCACUUCCAAAGAAACCAAAACAACGAUUACUAUCAAGACGCGAUAUUCAAUCCCACUCUUGUCACAGGGCUCCAAAAGACUGUUCAUGUGGCUGGGUGCUACUCAGGACAAAAAUACAACAGUGAUGGGCAUCGGAGAGCACAACUCGUCAGUUCUUCGGGUCCGCCCAGACGAGGUUUACGUUCUGGAUAAGAGAGAUGAGAUCACGCCCGCGGCUCUACAGGCCAUAUCCAGCUUCCUCGUUGCUGAUCUCAUUGCAUCAGCACUUCAGCAUCCAGGCCCCGUUUUAAUCUACGAGCCCAACGCAAUCCUGGCCGCUACUAUUCAGACAAGUCCGCGCUGGCGUAGGCGAGAGGUCUACUUUGUGACGUCCACCAAGCAAGAUCAGGUGCGGAGCAGAUGGAUCGGGUUACACCCUCAAGCGACCCGCCGGAUGAUUCAGCAAGCCCUCCCGACAGGUAUCUCAUACCUCGUUAAUCUGGCCACAGGCUGGAGUGGCACGCUUGGGUCAAAUAUUCAUAGCCUUUAUAGCAAUAUCUCGAUAGACCCAAUGUGCAUCGCGGGCGUGAAGUCCGCUGAAUGCAGGGAGCUACUCACUCGAGCUUAUGCGGAUGCGAAAGCACAUCCCUUGAACCUGUCUUCGUUUGCUCAGCGCACCUACGCGUUGAAUGAGGUUAUCAAUAUGCCGGAAUCUGCCUACACCCAUCCAACAAUCAUUGACUGGACUAAAUCGACCAAGGUCUCAAUUCCGGCUGAAGGUCUCUGUUCUCCUGACAUUUUCUCUCCGAAGAAAAGUUAUCUCAUGGUUGAGAUGACAGCCCCGCUUGGGCUGUCCUUGAUCUCUUGGAUGGCACGACACGGCGCCAGAACUUUUGUCCUCACAAGCAGGAACGGCCAAGUAGAUCAGGAAUGGGUCGAAAACAUCUCCAAGCUUGGGAUAUGCGUCAAAUCGAUGGCGAUGGAUGUGUCUCAGAAAGAGUCUUUGUCGCUGGUCUACGACAGAAUUAGCGCCACCAUGCCGCCCAUUGGUGGAGUGGCUUACGGAGCAAUGAGUUUGUCUGCUGAGGUAUUUGAGGAUGAGGCCGUUGAUGAUCUCAACAUUGCCUUUGAUAUGAAGAUCAAAGGAUCAUGCUACCUUGAUCAGCUCUUCUCUAAGCCUACCCUGGAGUUCUUCGUGCUGUUUUCAUCGUUAGGGGGUGUAAAGGGUAUCGCUGAGCAGCCUUAUCAGACUGCGGCCACACACUUUAUGUGUGACCUAGUGCAGAACCGUCGGGCUAAGGGCUUAGCAGCAUCAAUAAUCCAGAUGGGAAUGGUUGUUGAUGUGGGAAUGUGUGCUGGCCAAACUAGACGCGAGCUCGAUCAUCUGAUCAACCAGGGCUAUUCGGCGUUGUCGGAGAGAGAUAUCCACCAUGCCUUUGCAGAGGCCGUGAACGCUUCCGACGCAAAGUCGAAAGAUGGCGCAGAGAUUAUCAUCGGUUUCUCAUCAGUCAUGCGACGAUGCGAUGACCAGGACAUUCCGCCAUGGUGUUCGAAUCCAGUUUUCUCCCAUUUUACCUCGGGGAAGAUGAUCCACGAAAAACAGAAAGAGCCAGUUGCCGCAAAUGCCACCAUCAAAGAAAGACUCACAGAGUUAAAAUGCGGUGAAGAAGCUCGUGAUUUGCUCUUGAGUUUCUUAUCCAGGCGAUUACAGUCUGUGCUCCAUCUCGACGCAGAAAGCAUGCGUUCAGAUAUCCCACUCCUCGAUCUUGGCUGUGACUCCUUGGUAGCCGUCGAGAUUGGCAGCUGGCUUGAGAAAGAAGUCGGAGUCGAGAUACCAGCUGUUGACGUGUUGUACAAUACCGCGGUUGGCGUCUGUACAGAUGUUGUUGCACUAUCCCUAGGGCAGAAGUUGCGAGACCAUGAGAAUGAUCAGUCUAUACAAACUGCCGCAAGUACCAUGACGAGCUCCGACCAAUGCCUUAGCAGCCGAGACCGCGUCAGCUCGGCGACUUCAGAAAGCUCGACCGCCGCAUGUUCUACAUCAAAGGCAGAGCCUAACCUUGUUCUCAAUCGAGACUUUACACGCGUCGAGCUCAUGUCUCCAUACCAAUCCCUGAUCUGGUUUGCAGGAAAUUACAUGAAAGACCCGACGCAAUACAAUGUCGUGAUAUCCUACAAGGUUGAGGGCUCGUUUCAACUUGAAAGAUUCAAAAGAGCGUUAGAGGAAACUGUUUCAAGGCAUGAAUCCCUACGCACGUCAUUCUUUAUGGACCAUGUAAGUGGCGAGCUCGUGCAAGGGACUCUAGGAAGAGCGUGGCCCUUCUUUCACCAUGUGAAGACCUCGGACCUGGAAAUCAUUUCCGAGGAAUUCAAGAAGGCGGCGCUUCACAACUGGUCGUUGGAGGAAGGAGAGACCUUCCGAGCCACCGUGGUGUCAGUCGAACCCGGACGCCACACUGUGAUAUUCAGCUAUCAUCACAUUAUCAUGGAUGGGGUCAGCUGGUCCACCUUUCUCAGAGAAGUCAAAGCCUUUUACGAGAUGAGGCCGCCUACCUUCAAUGCCACACAGUACAUCGACUACUCCGUAAUGCAGAAUCAGGCUAUUCAGAGCGGUGCAUUCUCGAAGGACAUAGAGUACUGGAAGCGACGACUCUCACCUUUGCCGGAUGUGAUGCCUCUACUUGGGCUUGCCAAGGUGAAAUACAGAACAGCCACGGACAACUACAAGGCGCAUACGACUACGCGUACAAUCGGGCGAGAGCUUGCAGAAAGUGUUCGCAACUCGAGUCAAAGACUUCGGGGCACGGCGUUUCAUUUCUUUCUGGCGACGCUCCAAAUUCUCUUUGCAAAGUUGCUGAAUAUUGAGAACAUGUGCAUCGGCAUGAGCGAUGCGAAUCGAAAACAUGAGCAGUACCUCAACACGAUUGGUUACUUCGUCAAUCUGUUGCCUCUACAGUCUCGGAUUGUGCAGGGCGAUAGCUUUGCUAGUGUGUUCCAGCGGACGUCACGCGAUGUUCUCUCGGCGCUGUCGCACUCGUCAAUGCCCUCGAAUCUCGUUGUUGACCACCUCGACAUUCCGCGAACCUCAACGCACACGCCACUUUUUCAGGUGGCCAUCAACUAUAGAGUAGGGGAGAUUACUGAGAUGUCUGUGGAGGAGUUCAAAUUGACCUACGAACGUAGCGUCAUGGGGAACGCACCGUAUGACAUGUCCUUUCACAUCACUCCUACGGCGCUCGGCACCUGCAUCUUAGAUGUCACCUGUCGAGAUUACCUCUACAGUCCCGAGGCCGCAGGGCUGGUUCUGGACAUGUAUAUCAACUUGCUAGCUGAAUUUGGAUCCAACUCUUCCCGGUCAGUACAGCAGUGCGCCUUGUUCUCGAGCAAUAGUGAUGAAACCCAUUUGUCCGUCCGCCGGGGCACGCGGAUCCGUCAUCGAUGGCCGGAGACGUUGUCGGCACGGUUCCGCACAAUUCUACAAAGCUACGCCGACAGGACCGCUGUUAUUGAGGAAAAAGGAAGAUACACAUACUCUUGCUUGGGCGCUCGAAUGUGCUCCAUAGCGAAUGCUCUCAUUGAAGGAAGAAUCACCCCCGGAACCAAGGUCGCGGUUCUCUGCCAGCCAUCCCUGGAUUCGGUAGCGAGCCUGCUAGCGAUUCUUCUCACCGGCGCUGUUUAUGUGCCUCUCGAUCUCAGUAGCCCGAUGUCGAGACAUAGUACCAUCAUAGACGCCUCGGGCGCAAAUGUGAUACUCUGCUCGGCUACGACGCUUGAGUCAGCCUCCACUCUUGGUGUGGCGACUAUCAUCAAUGUGUCCGCGGUGCCGGAGCACUCAGAUCCGACGAUAGAUAUCGACCGUGAUGGUACGUCUCCAUCGGUCCUACUAUAUACCAGCGGCUCCACAGGCAAACCGAAAGGGGUCUUGCUCUCGCAAGUUGGCUUCAUCAAUUACCUCGCCGCAAAGGCCGAGGAGCUGCACUUGGACCAUAAUGUCACCAUCUUGCAGCAGAGCUCUGUGGGAUUUGACAUGGGGCUUGCUCAGAUACUCAACGCAAUCAUGAAUGGAGGGAAGCUCGUCAUCGUCCCCCAGGCGGCGCGAGGAGACCCUAUCGAGGUUGCCAAGUUGAUCCGGCGGGAGAAGGUGACAUUCACGCUUGCCACGCCGUCCGAGUACAUGGUUAUUCUCCAGCACGGAUGCAAGUAUCUAGAGGACUACACCUCUUGGCGCCACGCCUGCCUCGGUGGCGAACCAUUUACGGACCAACUGAAGCGAGAGUUUGUGCAACUGGGCCAUAGAUGCCCUGUUGUUCAGGAUUCCUACGGCGUAACAGAAAUCUCUGCUUGCACGACUUUCGAGACCAUGAACGUGUCUCAGCUCGAGGAAGCGCGCAGCGUCGGGAAGCCCAUCCCUAACACUUCCAUAUAUAUACUGGAUGAUAACGAAAAUCUAGUGGGAAUUGGUGUGCCUGGCGAGAUAUGCAUCGGUGGAGCUGGAAUAGCCCUUGGGUACUUGGACGAAGAACAGACGCGGCUGAAAUUCGUCGAGGACCGGUUUGCGAGCGAAAAGGAUAUUGCUCGGGGUUGGACUCGGAUGUACCGUACUGGCGACAAAGGCCGCAUGCUCGAAGAUGGCUCACUUAUCCUUCUGGGUCGUAUGGACGGAAACUUGGAGAUCAAACUCCGUGGUCUUCGGAUUGACCUGGACGACGUGGGAGCUACAUUGGUGAAUUGCUCUUCGGGCAUGAUCUCGGCGGCUGUUGUUUGCGUCAAGGGCGAUGGUGAUUCCAAAUACCUCGUGGCAUAUGUUGCGGUUGCCCCCGGCCGCACGAGUACCGACUCCGACCUUCAGCGUCUUGCGAUUAGUCUUCCCCUGCCACAGUACAUGUGUCCUGCGCUAGUGGUGCGCCUGGACAGUUUACCACGGACCGCGAAUGGCAAGGUCGACCGAAAGGCAAUCGAGGCUUUGCCGGCUUUGAGCGCAAAGGCACCAUCGCAGGAGAACAGGCGUUUGACCUUGGGCGAGGGCGAGCUCAAGCUCCUUUGGAGGGGAAUCUUACCCAACAAGCCUCAGAUCCAGCCCGAGUCGGACUUUUUCAUGCUCGGGGGGAAUUCUCUACUCCUGAUCAAGCUCCAAGGUGCGAUUUGCACUUCCAUCGGGGUGCAUAUCACACUUCGCGAGCUGUACGCUGCAAGUACUCUGUCGAGCAUGGCGCUUAAGGUUGCCUCACGGAAGGCUGAAACUCCAAUGGCAACGAUCAAUUGGUACGAGGAGACAGCUGUCCCGGAAGCGAUACUCCAAGAGACAAGCUCGCGCUCGGAGCCGCGCCGCUCCAGAGAAUCAGCAGGCAUUGAGAUCAUUCUGACAGGGGCGAUUGGGUUUCUUGGGAGGACAAUCCUACGAGCCCUGCUUCACAAGUCCGAAGUCAACAAGAUCCACUGCCUUGCUGUGGAGAAGGGACAGGACGACGUGCUCCCGUCAAGUAGUAGUGUCGGGGUCUACUAUGGCAGCCUCCUCGAUUCCACCCUGGGACUGUCCACCGCCGAGUCGGACACCCUGCAAUCGUGUGUCGAUGUGAUCAUCCACGCGGGGGCGCGUGGACACUGUCUCAACACUUAUAGCUCCCUCCGAACGCCUAACGUGAGGUCCACGCACUUCCUCGCGGCAUUUGCGCGUCGAGCCCGAAUCCCCCUGCACUACGUCUCCUCCCCGCGUGUCAUCCUUCAAUCAGGCCAGACAUCUCUGGGCCCUAUCUCCGUCGCGUCCCACCCGCCGCUCGCCAGCGGCUCUGAGGGAUUUACGGCUACGAAAUGGGCGAGCGAGGCGUUCCUGGAGCACCUCGCCGACCGAACCGGACUGUCCGUCUACAUCCACCGGCCAUGCACCCCGAUCGGUGACAACGCACCAGACCAGGACGCCCUCAAUUCCUUGCUUCAUUUCUCGGACCGCCUCAGCGCCACUCCCCGACUCACCAACAUGGGCGGGUUUCUCGACUUCCAGAAAGUCGAGAUCAUCGCCGAGAGAAUUGCCUCCGAGGUGACCUCAUCGGUAUCGGACAGCACAACGCCUUCUUCAUCCUCGUCGUCAUCGUCUGUUCAUUUCCGCCACCACUCGGGGAAUGUCAGAAUCCCAGUCAAGAGCUUCAAGGAGUACAUGGAGAAAAUCCACGGUCGCCCGUUCGCGGAGCUGGGGCUGCCAGAAUGGUCGGCGAAGGCGAUGGAGUUGGGGAUGGAGCCGUUGAUCCCGGCCUUCUUGGAGGCGGUGGCGGAGAGCUCGGAGACGAUGUAUUUCCCUUUCCUUGGGGAGGAAUGUGAGGGGUAG